CGUACGGUAAACGAACACAUAUACCAAAUGCUUGGCUGAGGAUCCUUCUGUGUCAGACAACAGUGUCCUUUUAUGGUUUCAUUCAAAACACUGUAAUCAAUGGCAACAUAAUACCAAUAAUCAAAUGAUCUUCAAAACCUAUGGCAUCACUGUGUUUAAACUCAUUUCCAGUUCCACCGUCAUCUCUUCCUCGCAAACCAACAGAAACUUCUCUUUCUUCUUCUUCAUAUCCUUCUUUGCUUGUUGAUAGCAACGACAACAACUACAAUCACAGUGCUUUGAAACCCAUUGUUGUCACUGGAGACCCCCCAACUUUUGUUUCUGCUCCUGGUCGCAGAAUUCUUGCUGUUGGAGACCUACAUGGAGAUAUUAAGCAAGCUAGGUCUGCUCUUGAAAUGGCCGGUGUAUUGAGCUCUGAUGGUCAAGACUUGUGGACUGGUGGAGAAACUGUGUUGAUUCAACUUGGAGAUAUACUAGAUCGAGGUGAAGAUGAAAUUGCCAUCUUAUCCUUGCUGCGAUCGUUGGAUAAACAGGCAAAAGCAAACGGUGGAGCUGUGUUUCAGGUAAAUGGAAAUCAUGAGACCAUGAAUGUGGAAGGGGAUUUCAGAUAUGUCGAUUCUGGUGGAUUUGAUGAGUGUAAUGAUUUCUUAGAAUAUAUGAAUGGCUCUGAAGAUGACUGGGAACAAACUUUUACUUCCUGGGUUGAUGUCUCUCAAAGGUGGAAAGAAGAUCGAACAAUGUCAAAAAGUUAUUGGGGAACUUGGAAUUUAUUGAAGAGGCAAAAGGGAGUCAUAGCCAGAUCAGUCCUCUUUAGGCCUGGUGGGCCUCUUGCACGUGAGCUUGCAAGGCAUUCUGUUGUACUUAAGGUCAAUGACUGGCUCUUCUGCCAUGGUGGACUUCUUCCUCACCAUGUUGCAUAUGGUUUAGAGAGGAUGAAUAAAGAAGUGUCUGAGUGGAUGAGAGGUCUUUAUGAGAACGACAAUGCUCCCAAAAUGCCUUUCAUUGCCACUAGGGGCUAUGAUAGUGUUGUUUGGAAUCGUUUAUACUCAAGAGAUGCACCAGAUUUGGUGGACUAUCAAGCUAAACAGGUAAGUUCCAUUCUUGACGAGACACUGCAAGCAGUUGGUGCUAAAUCAAUGGUGGUCGGGCAUACUCCUCAAACUACAGGUGUAAAUUGUAAAUACAAUUGUAGCAUAUGGCGUAUAGAUGUUGGAAUGUCCAGUGGAGUUCUUAAUUCAAGACCAGAGGUUCUAGAAAUUAUAGAUAAUCAAGCAAGAGUUAUAAGGUGCAAAAGGGACCGACACAGUGAACUUCAAGCUGCUGCAUAUACUUAAGGGACAAACAAAAUGAUUUUACAGGAGGUAACAUUGGCAAAUUUAUCCUAUUCCUGCCACUUAUUAGUUGUUUGAUUCCCAUAGGCUAUGUGAAGACAGGAUCAGUAUACCAAUUUUGGCAACCAAACAAAUCCUGAGAAAUUCCAAGCCAGACAUUGAUGUUUCCAGUGAGAUGUAAUCUUUGUGACUGGCUUGAAGACAGAUGAAAAUAGCAUCUACAAAAGGGAAAGAAGGAAAAAGGAGAGGAUAAAAUAAUCCAAACACUGUACAUUGUACUUCUAAAUAAGUUGAAUUAUCACCAAUUACAUUAACCAGUCAACGUAUGCAUGUUCUCUAACUAAUAAUAUUUGUUCUCAUUUCACACUCUUA